AUGUUCCUGAUGAUAAUGCACUUGAAUGGCGCUGUGCAUAUGGUUAUAGCCACUCCGGGACGUAUUCUUGUCUUGAUGGAGAAAGGAGUGGCCGACAUGUCAUAUUGCAAGAUGCUCGUACUCGAUGAAGCCGACAAGCUUCUCAUCCAAGACUACCAGGUGAGCCAUGUCUCAGCUGAGCCGUUUUGAUU